AUGGCACGUUACGGCACUGGAGCGGAGCGCAGCGUCCUUUUAUUUGGCGGUCUAUCAUUAAACUUGGACGCGUCGGCUCUAGAACUUGUACGAAAGGCUCUCAUAGAGCACGAGGAAAACAAAUGGGGCUUGGACGUGAUCAGAGAACUACCGUCAGUGUGCGAGACGGCCUUAAGGUCUCUCCCUGUGCUACAUCAAGCCACGGGAAAGCUCAUGCUCAGGCAGCUUGCUGACCUGGAAGAUGCCUUUACAACCGGCCGACCCCUCGACAAGACCUCUUACCCACUGCCAAACUCCCUUCUUAUUCCCAUUACAGUUAUCAGGCAACUGGCUCAGUAUGGAGAAUUAUUGCAAGAAAACAAAAUUGAGGGCAUUCUUCACGGCCGCCAUGAGAAUUUGGGCUUGUGCACGGGUUUGUUGAGUGCCUUUGUUGCGUCAAGCGCACGCAAUAUCGAAGAAUUUCAACAACUAGCAGCUGUAGCUGUACGCCUAGGACUCCUGAUAGGCCUAGUAGUUGAUGGUCAGGACGCCUCCUUGGGUAUGGGGAGGUCAAAGUCUCUAACCGCUGCCUGGAGCUCAGACAAGGCGCCAGAGAUCUUGGAGUCGAUCUUGGAGGAGUUCAGAGAUGCUUAUGUUUCGGUAUAUUAUGACAAGAACUGUGUCACAAUUACAGUUUCUCCUGAUAGAAUACCGGAGCUGAGCAGUCGGUUGCGUGCUGCAGGUAUCAGCGCGUCCGAGAUUAACCUUUACGGAAGAUUCCACUCUUCGAAUAACUCGCCUCUUGUGGAUGAAUUAGUUGCCUUCUGCGAUUCGCAUGCUAUGUUCCAACUUCCAAAUGUUGCAGCCUUGGCCAUGCCCACAAGAGCUAACGACAUUGGAGGGUCGUUAAUGCGCAAAGGUUCUUUGCAUGGCCAUGCACUCCGGGCUAUCCUCGUUGAGCCCGCCCAGUGGUUUGAUUCCUUCUCAGAAUCAACAGCACCACUAUCAGACACCCAGGUGACGGUCUUCGAACUGGGCACGGAGAGAAGUGUACCCACUUCACUUGCUCUGAAGCCGCCCCGGACGAUGAAGAUUGUGCACCUCGCAGACACGAAGGGAAAAGCGGAUCGGCAGUCCGGCCGAAUCUCAAUGGAAAAUGACAUUGCUGUCGUGGGCAUGUCUUGCAAGGUUCCCGGAGCUAAUGAUCUUGAAGAGUUUUGGGAUCUGAUUGCUGCGGCAAGGUCUCAGCAUCAGGAGAUCGGCCCAGGCAGCCGAUCAAUUGACCGUUUCUCCUUCAAUGACGGUCCAUUCCGCACUAUUGACGACCCGAAUAUGAACCGUAAGUGGUUCGCCAACCUCAUUGAUGGUUAUGAUCAGUUUGAUCACCGCUUCUUCAAGAAGAGUGCCCGUGAGAGCGCAUCAAUGGACCCGCAGCAGCGCCAUAUCCUGCAAGUGGCAUACCAGGCGCUCGAGCAAAGUGGCUACUUCCACAACCAGGCAACGAUAGAGCACACAAAUAGAAGCAUCGGUUGCUUUGUCGGUGUGUGCCUAAGCGACUAUGAUAACAACGUGGCUUCCCACCCUGCCAACGCCCUCACUGCCACAGGCAAUCUACAGGGCUUCAUCGCUGGCAAGGUCUCCCACUUCUUCGGCUGGACAGGUCCGAGCAUUACACUCAACACUGCUUGCAGCUCCUCGCUAGUUGCCGUGCAUCAGGCCUGUCAGUCCAUUCUCACAGGAGAGUGUGAAGCGGCUCUCGCCGGUGGAACGCACAUCUUGACCUCGGCAGAGUGGUUCCAGAAUCUCGCGGCAGGCUCAUUCCUCAGCCCCACCGGCCAGUGCAAGCCAUUUGAUGAGAAGGCUGACGGAUAUUGCCGAGGAGAGGGUGCUGGGGUUGUUUUCCUCAAGAAGUUGAGCAAGGCCGCCGCCGAUGGAGAUCCAAUUUUGGGCGUCAUCGCCGCUACCAGUGUUCAACAGAACCAAAACUGUACUCCGAUCUUCGUCCCUAACGUACCUUCGCUGGGUAAUCUCUUCACUAAAGUCAUGGAUAAAGCCCGCGUCAAGCCCUCACAGGUCACCGUGGUUGAGGGCCACGGUACGGGUACGCCAGUAGGCGAUCCGGCUGAGUACGACAGCAUCCGGCGCGCUCUUGGUGGGCCAACACGGGGACCAGGCAACCAGUUGGCUGUGGGCUCGGUGAAGGGGCUGGUCGGCCACAUGGAGUGUACCUCCGGUGUGAUCAGCCUUAUAAAGGUACUUUUGAUGAUCCAAAAGGGCACGAUUCAGCCACAAGCCAGUUUUAAUCAGGCGAAUCCAAGCUUGAAGAUCUCGCCCAGUGACCAAAUGUUCAUUCCAACCCGGGCGCUCGCGUGGGACUCCGACUUCCGUGUGGCGCUCAUCAAUAACUACGGCGCGUCUGGAUCGAAUGCCUCCGUGGUCGUCAUCCAACCGCCCUCACGGAGCGCAUCAAAGAGGCAGGAAUUCACAGUCCGAGAGCCGAGUGGGCUCAAGUAUCCGUUCUGGUUCACCGGGUUCGACAAGAACAGUAUACGUCGCUAUUUCAUGGUCUUCCGCAAGUACCUACAACGACCAGCAGCUGCUAUAUCACUCGCUGGUCUGUCAUUCAACCUUGCCACCCAGAGCAAUCGCAACUUGGCUGCCAGUUUGAUGCUGACGGCAAGCUCCGUCAAUGAACUAGACCAGAAACUGGCGACGUUUAUAGGUAGCGAUGGCACUGACGGACCUUCGGUCGAAAUUGCUUCACAUAUGACGGUUCCAAACGUGAUCCUAUGCUUUGGAGGCCAAUCAUCUCCCUUCGUGGGUCUCGAUCGCUAUCUGUACGAAAACAUCGCUAUCCUACGCAAGCACCUCGACCAAGUCGACGCUGUGGUACAGUCGCUGUCGAAGGGAACCUGCAUCUUCCCUGGUAUCUUCCAGCGUACUCCAGUAGACGACGUCGUUGAGCUGCAAGCAAUGAUCUUUGCGAUGCAGUACGCGUGUGCCCAAAGUUGGAUCGACGUCGGAGUUCGCCCAAGUGCGCUGGUCGGCCACAGUUUUGGCGAACUUACAGCAUUAUGCGUUGCGCAGGUGCUGUCACUUGAAGACACGGUCAAGAUGAUCCUGCGCCGGGCAACCGUCAUAAAAGAGCACUGGGGUCCUGAGAGAGGCGCCAUGCUGGCCGUCCAAGCAACCCUUGCUGACGUGACAAAGUUGUUGGCCGAGGCCAACGCCGAUCACUCGGGUGAACCUGCAAGCAUAGCCUGCUACAAUGGACCGUCGAGCUUCACCAUUGCAGGACCGACUCGGGCAAUCGACGCAGUGGUUGCGUUGUUUAAGAAGAAACAACCAGAUGGCGAAAAGAAGGGAAACCAAAUCAAGAGACUCGCCGUGACGCACGCCUUCCAUUCCGUACUCGCAGAUCCUCUGCUUGGCAAGCUAGUGGAAGCUUUUCAAGGUCUGACCUUCCGCGAGGCGAAAUUCCAUGUCGAGCGAGCUGUACCAGAUGAGGCAGUGGGUGUAGAACACAAUAACAUCCAAUUUAUUGCGAAGCAUAUCCGAAGCCCAGUUUACUUUCACCACGCCAUCGAGCGCCUGGUACGACGUCGUCACACUUCUUCGCCGUGCGUCUUCCUAGAGGCGGGCACAAAUACAUCAAUUACAUCAAUUGCCGCCCACGCGUUGGGUAAUGUGAAGGGCAACUUCUCCUUCCACGGCCUAAAAAUUGCUAGCGGAGACGACGGCUGGAACAAGCUGACCGAAACCACAAUGUCCCUAUGGAAGACUGCUCGGCUCGCAAUACACCAUUGGGCACAUCACCCGAUGCAGAGGCAUCACGUGUCUUUGACCCUUCAGCCCUUGUUCCUGCCGCCGUACCAGUUUGACCCGGAUUCUCGACACUGGUUGGCACUUAAGACGCUACCUAAAGCUAUGUUAGCAGCGGAUGCCGGUCGCAAGGCUGUUGCGGAGGCAGAAAAGAAGCCCCAGGGGUUACUAACAUUCAUUGGCCAUCUCAACACCGAGGCAGAGGAUGAGCGGGCAUUGUUCCGGGUCGAGACAGCCGCCGAAAAGUACAAGAAUCUUCUCUCAGGUCAUGUCACCUUGCAAACAGCACCAAUACUGUCUGCGACGCUGCAAAUCAGCUUUGUUAUUGACGCCAUUGACUCUGCCCACCCCGAGUACAAAUCCGAAGGAUAUCAGCCUCAAAUACAAGAGGUCGAGUACCACUCUCCGGUUUGCUUCAAUUCUGCCCGGACCCUAUGGGUCGAGGUCAGUUACGACACCUCGAAACGGGCUCGUGUUCAACAGGGGUGGACCUUUGAAGUAUUCAGCUGCUUCGGGAAGGAAUCCAACGAGCGGACAGUGCACACGACGGGCAAAGUAGUUCUCAGCAGUUCUGGCGAUUCAUCAUUGAAGCGUGAACUGGCACAUUUCGAGAGACUAUUGAGACAUCAUCGAGCUUCCUCGCUGCUCCAGAGCUCAGACGCCGAGGAGAUUCUAGGCAAGCGCAGUAUUUAUCGCCUAUUUAGUGACAUUGUGGAUUACGGCGAAGAAUUCCGGGGUAUGGUGAAAAUGGCGAAGCGCGGUAAUGACAAUGCAGGCCAUAUUGUGCGCCUCAACACAAGCCCCGAGCGAGAAUGGUUCGAUCCACACUUGGCCGACACCUUCUGCCAGCUUGGCGGCAUAUGGAUCAACUAUAUGGCAGAAGAACAUGGUCAAAAUCAUGUGUUCCUUGCAAAUGGCAUCGAUCGUUGGAUCAGGUCAUAUCACUCUGGCAAGCGGCCGAGUGAUUUCCAUGCACUUGCCGUGCAUGACCGUCCGUCUGCCCAGCUGUGCUUGACGGACGUUUUCAUUUUUGAUGCUGCCGAUGGGGCGUUGGUGGAGGUAAUCCUUGGCAUUUGUUAUGUGAAGAUUCCAAGACUUUCCAUGGAGAAGAUGUUAAGUCGUCUCUCUUGUAAUGUUUCUGAGUCUACCGCGACUGCCACAGUGAUCCCCACCACUACUGUUUCUGCCCUGAAGAACCUGUCAACGGCCAUUGCGGAUGAGGUACCAUUGGUGGCAGGAUCAGCAAGCCAACAGGGUAUCGCUACAGGAGAGCCAGCACCGUCGGCCACAGAGGGUAACGCAUUUCUUGUAAUGGCUCAAAAGAUCAAAGAUGUGAUCUCCGAUUUGUCGGGCAUAGACGUAUCUGAGAUCAAGGACGACAGCGAACUGGCAGAUCUCGGCAUCGAUUCUCUCACCGGAAUGGAAAUGAUGCACCAAAUUGAAUCCAACCUCAAGGUGAAGCUUCCAGAAGCUGAAAUGAUGCUGGUCGUCAGCAUUACAGAGCUCGUCAAAUGCGUAGCUGGUGCCAUGUGCAUCACGGAUUCGGGCUUGCAACUCAUCAAAGACUCGGACAGCGACGAUUAUCCCAGUGUUAUGGAAGCUUCAGAUAGCUCGGUGGGCCAGACCAACACGGAUAUCAGCACACCAUUCCCAGAGCUGGACGUCGAACAAUUUGAGGAACAAGAGGAGCACAACGCAUCAGCUCAGAAUCCCACGCUAUCCCUUGGAGCCGCGUUGCAGGCUUUCCAUGAGACUAAAAAAUUGACAGAUAUGUGUGUGGUUAGCCUAGGACAAGAAAGAUACGCAACAAUGACUCUGCCCAUUCAGAACAACCUGACCGUGGCCUUGACUCUUGAGGUUCUCCAAUCUCUGGGUGCCGGGUUUGAGCACGCUCGACCGGGCCAAAAGCUCUCACGCAUUCCGCACUGCCCAGAACAUCACCGGUUCGUUUCGCACCUGUAUGACAUGCUGGAGGCGGAGACACAGAUUAUCAAGAUAGACGGGAGUGUUAUCACUAGGACGGCAGUGCCUCUUCCAGAUAUAAACAGCAAGGAUCUAUUCCAGGUGCUACAGCAGCGUGGCGAAGACCAGCACUCGGCCAACAAGCUUAUAUACUAUGCGGGAAAGAGUCUCAGACGUGUGCUUUCAGGAGAAACCAGCGGUGUCAAGGUGAUAUUUGGAGAUGAAGAAGGCCGUGAGCUUGUCAGCAAAUGGUACGCAGAUUGGCCACUGAAUAAGUGCCUAAUUGGUCAGAUAGCGGACUUUGUACGAAGACUGCUUUCAAAACUCCAGACUGCUCGCAUCUCUGGUACUGACAGGAAUAGCCCACUGCGGAUCCUGGAAAUGGGCGGUGGGACCGGUGGCACCACGAGGCAGCUUGUACCGCUCUUGGCACAAGCACAGAUACCCAUUGAAUACACCUUUACCGACUUGGCACCCUCUUUUGUGUCUGCUGCUCGCAAGAAGUGGGCCAAGGAGUACUCGUGGAUGAAGUUUCGAGUUCAUGACAUCGAGAGUGAGCCAGCUCAAGACCUUCAAGGCAUGCAAGACCUUGUGAUUGCCAGCAAUGCCAUCCAUGCAACUAAGUCACUAUCCAAGAGUUUGAGAAAUGUACGCAAAGCUCUGCGGCCUGACGGCAUCCUUGUGAUGUUAGAGAUGACACGCACUCCGUACUGGGUUGAUUUGAUCUUUGGUCUUUUCGAAGGGUGGUGGCUAUUUGCUGAUGAACGGAACCACGCUUUGACGAAUGAGCUCAUUUGGCAACGGGAACUACAUGCUGCUGGGUAUGGUGAAGUGGACUGGACAGACGGUGAGAUGCCCGAGACGGCGCUGCAGAGAGUGAUCAUGGCUGCUGCCAGCUCCACCAGCAGGUCUGAACGAACUCCAGUUUCGCUGACGAAGAAGAAGAUGACGUCUGUAGCCUGUAUGGCGCGUGAGCAGACUGUCGCUGGAUACGUGCAAGAAUUUACCCGUGACUUCGACGCACCAUUGCGCAUCAACAAUGCCAGCUUUCAUGAGGAUGACGCUUGUAUUUCCUGUGAAUCACAAAGCAACUGUGUGUUGAUAACUGGUGGCACGGGAGGCUUGGGGGCGCACUUAGUAGCAUCGGCGGCGCUUCGCACUGAUGUGAGUAGGGUCAUCUGCCUGAACCGCCCACGACAAGCACAGGAGCCCAAAGCGCGACAGCUAGAAGCCUUGCGAAAGAAGUGUAUCGAGCUCCCGCCGGACGCCAAGGCAAAAAUCGAGGUGUGGGAGACAGACCUGUCACAGCCCGUAGAACUCGGCCUGUCCCAUGAACAGUACCUUUCGCUUAUUGAUAGGGUCACACGCAUCGUGCACAACGCUUGGCUUAUGCACUCUAAGUGGCCGGUCAAACGCUUUGAGCCGCAGCUCCGAAUCAUGGCGAACAUGCUGAAUCUGGCGCGCGACAUUUCAGCGCGACAUCCUCGUUUGGUGUGGUUCGAGUUUGUCUCUUCGAUCGCAACGAUUGGCCACCACUCCUUCUGGACGGGAAGCCCGAUGGUGCCUGAGGAACGAGUACCUAUCGAAAGCGUGUUGCCGACCGGAUACGGCGAAGCCAAGUAUAUAUGCGAACGCAUGCUGGACGCUACCUUGCAUAGGUUCCCCGAGCGCUUCCAGGCCACGGUGGUGCGUCUUGGUCAGAUUGCUGGCAGCAAGACAAACGGUCAUUGGAACCCCAUGGAACACGUACCUUUUAUGAUCAAGUCCUCUCAGUGUCUGGGCGCUGUCCCCGAGCUCCCAGGCACAUUGGGAUGGACUCCAUCCGACGAUAUAGCAAGUGCCCUGAUCGAGAUUUUGAUGCAACCUAGUAGUGUCCAGCUGUAUCCUGUCUACCAUAUCGAAAAUCCCAUACGUCAAGCCUGGUCAGAUACACUUGCUACACUGAUCGACGCCCUACGUAUCUCUGGUGCCGAAGAUAAUUGCGAAUUAAGCAAGAUUCCUUUCCAGGAGUGGCUGGAGCGCGUACGCAGUUGGCCGCGGUCAGAAGACAACGGUCCACAAGGCGCCAACCCCGGCUUCAUGUUAGUAGAUUUCCUCAAGGAUAAUUUCGUCCGCAUCAGCUGUGGUGGGCUUCUCAUGGCAACAGCCAAGGCAAGAGAACAUUCGCCGACGAUGGCGCGAUUGGGCCCAGUCAGCGAUGAAUUGAUCCGAUCUUAUGUACAGAGCUGGAAAGAAAGCGGUUUUCUAAACUGA